AUGGAUAAUCAUCAUUGUAGCAGCAACAACAACAACAGUAACAAUGGUGAUGAUGAUGAUGAUAAUGAUCGAUUAUUGAACAAUAACAAUGGCGAUACAAUGAAUGCAUCACAAAUAUUACAUCUUGCAUUACAAAAAAUGGAUGGUAUCAUUGCAACUAAUUCUGAAAUCAAUCUAAUCGAUUCGACAACAAAUAAUCAAAUUGUGAAUAACAACAACAACAACAACGAUAUGAAUCCAAAUGAUUCAUCCAAUCAAAAUGGUCAUCAACAGAGAAAAACAUUAGAAAGAAAACAGGAUAAAUUAAAUCGAUUAUUACAAGAAUUAAAAGAAUAUUCAAAAGAUGGAGAUAACUUACCAUCGUCAAAUGAACAAGAAUCAUCAUCAUCAUCAUUGUCAUCAUCACCGAUGUGUCGAAAUGCCGAUGAAAAUCAAAAUGAUGUUUCAAAUUUUCUUUAUUACUUUGAAAAAACUAAAUGCUAAAUGUAUCUUUGCUACUACUAAUAACAAACACCCAAAAUACCAUUGGAGCCAUUUGAACUAGCAAUAAUCAUUGAAAUCAAGAACUGGAAGUUAAGACGAAGAAGAAGAAGAACGAAAAAAAAAAGAAAGAGGAAAACGAAAAAUUUCCAUGAUAAAGCUCUACAAUACACGAAUAUUGAGAAGAGAACAGCAAUAUAUUUAUGAUGAG